UCCGAAUCAGUUCCGUCAGUGGCGUACGAGGCGUUGCAUCGAUCAGUUGGGUUCGGUUGUUUGUCCCCAACCGCGUUGGUUCCCUUCGGCGGGUGUUUUUUUUCCUUCUUGCGGCGCGUACCUUAAUUAAUCUUGUCAUUUCCAACGGAAUCACCGUCCGGGACGGGAGGUGGUACAGCAGUAUCUGUGAUAGCGCGGCGUGUGUGAACGACCGAUGUGUGGAUAGCAGUUAGCAGGAAAGGGCACGUGGCCGGUUCACUUCUUUCCUUUCCCGCCGGUGCUUGCCGGCAAUCCGACGUCGACGGCGGGCAGAAGCUAUGCAAUCAAGUUAGUGCAAACAAUAUCCGCCAAGUGAUCGAUGAGUGAUCAGUGUGAAGGUGUAGAUCGAAGAAUAGUGUUUUAUUUUUAAUUGUAGUCUAACUCGCUCCGAAGCUCGCACAAAGUGAAAUGCUCGUACCACCGGAGAUGAUUGCCGUGCAAUCGAAACUCAUCUACCAGAUGAACAAAUACUGUGCCGACCGGGUUCAAGUGCGGAAGGCUCAAAUACACAAAACCAUUCAGGAAGUUUGUCGAGUUGUUCAGGACGUCCUGAAGGAAGUCGAAGUGCAGGAACCGCGAUUUAUCUCCUCCCUAAAUGAUUACAACGGCCGGUUCGACGGACUGGAAGUGGUUUCCCCGACGGAGUUCGAAAUUAUCAUCUACCUCAACCAGAUGGGCGUGCUGAACUUCGUCGAUGAUGGAACCCUGCCGGGUUGUGCGGUGCUGAAGCUGAGCGAUGGCCGCAAACGUUCCAUGUCCCUGUGGGUCGAGUUCAUCACGGCGUCCGGAUAUCUGUCGGCGCGGAAGAUUCGUUCGCGCUUUCAAACCCUGGUCGCACAGGCAUGCGACAAAUGUGCCUACCGGGACUCGGUCAAAAUGAUUGCCGACACCACCGAAGUCAAACUACGGAUACGGGAACGUAUCAUAGUACAAAUAACGCCGGCUUUCAAAUGUGCCGGACUGUGGCCUCGGUCGGCAUCACACUGGCCACUACCGCAGAUCCCGUGGCCACAUCCGAACAUUGUUUCCGAGGUCAAAACGGAAGGAUUCGAUAUGCUGUCGAAGGAGUGCAUUGCCCUUCAGGGGAAAAACUCCGCAAUGGAAGGUGAUGCGUGGGUGCUCAGCUUUACCGAGGCGGAAAACAAACUACUGCAAGGCGGCUGCCGGCGGCGAUGUCUCAGCAUCCUGAAAACCCUGCGCGACCGGCAUCUGGACCUACCGGGCAAUCCGGUCUCGUCGUAUGUGAUGAAAACCCUGCUGCUGUACGAGUGCGAGAAACACCCGCGCGAGAUGGAAUGGGACGAGAACUGCAUGGGCGACCGAAUCAACGGGAUCUUCCUGCAGCUGAUCUCGUGCCUGCAGUGCCGCCGCUGUCCGCACUACUUCCUACCGAACAUGGACCUGUUCAAGGGUAAAUCGCCCGGAGCGCUGGAGAAUGCCUCCAAGCAGGUCUGGCGACUGACUAGGAUAAUGCUCACCAACUCGCGGUGUCUCGAGGAACUGUAAGCCCCGGUCGAAUCGGUCGAAGGGGGCAAAUUAAAUCAAAAGUCAUGAAAGCGAAUGAUAGUAAGAGAGAAAGAGAGAGAGAGAAAGAAUGUGUUUCGUACUUCGUACUAGUUCAAGUCCUAAAUUAUAACCUACGCAGUAUACUUUAACGAUAAAUUACCUGUGGAAUAAAAUCGCAUUAAAUGAAAGUAACUUAUGUCUAACCAGUAAGAAAUUGACGUAUACCUAUUAGUAGUAUAUAAGUGAUUAAGAAAACUUAUAACUCAAAAGCUGAACUUUAAUGUCGAAAAAUAUAAAACAAUUUUACU